AUUCUCAUAGCAAUAAAAAAAAAAAAAUUGAAAAAAAAAAGAAGAGAACGUCUUGUCACCACACCACCGCUGCCGAUCCCGGCCAAUCUCCGCCGUCCAUUUUUCCAUCUCCGCCGCUGUCUCCGGCGACUCUCACCAUGUGAAUAUUCUUCACCUUCAAUGGCGCGCUUUAUUUCCACAUAAAAUUCUCCCUUCCUUCAUAUGGCUUCUUCCCCACACCUCCAAACCCCCAAAUUAAUCCCCUAGGGUUUCGUCGUCUCCAAUUUAUUUCUACAGUUCUCUAAGCUCUUCAGCUAUGGAGGAUUACAACCACCACCAGAUCACCGAGAACGCCAAUAACAGGCCCGGCGGCGGGUUCCUCUACGGCGGACCAGUUUUCGCGCCGUACGGUAGAACCGCCGCCGGAUCGGGAAAUAAUCACCCCGCCGGACAGUUACCGCCGAUGAGCAGCUACUGCUACGAUCAGUCGCCGGCCGGCGGCGCCGAGCACCAUCCGGCGGCGAUUGUGAAAACUGAAGCUGGAAGUACUUCGCAGAAUAACCCCCCCAGGUUCCACCACUACCCUUCCGCCGCCGCCGCGGCGAUCCGCGGCCACACGGCGGUGCAGGAUCACCACCACCACCACCACCGGCGACAGGAGAGCGAAAACUCGGGCGAGGUCGACGCAAUUAAGGCCAAAAUCAUCGCCCACCCGCAGUACUCGAAUCUUCUAGAAGCCUACAUGGAUUGCCAAAAGGUCGGCGCUCCGCCGGAGGUGGUGGCGCGUCUCACCGCCGUGCAGCAGGAGUUCGAAACAAGACAGCGCUCCGCCGCCGCCGGGAGAGACGAUUCGAAGGAUCCAGAGCUCGAUCAAUUCAUGGAAGCUUACUACGACAUGCUCGUCAAGUACCGCGAGGAGCUAACAAGACCUCUGCAAGAAGCCAUGGAAUUCAUGCGAAGAAUCGAAACACAGCUCAGCAUGCUCACAAACGCUCCGGUUCGGAUCUUCAACUCCGAGGAAAAGUGCGAUGGCGGGGUUUCAUCCGAAGAAGAUCAAGACAACAGCGGCGGGGAGACAGGACUGCCCGAGAUCGAUCCCCGGGCAGAAGAUCGUGAGCUUAAAAACCAUCUCCUUAAGAAGUACAGUGGCUAUCUGAGUAGCCUCAAGCAAGAGCUCUCGAAGAAGAAGAAGAAAGGGAAACUCCCGAAAGAUGCGCGCCAAAAGCUUCUUAGCUGGUGGGAGUUACACUACAAAUGGCCCUAUCCAUCGGAGUCGGAAAAAGUGGCAUUAGCCGAGGCGACGGGGUUGGAUCAAAAGCAAAUAAACAAUUGGUUCAUCAACCAAAGGAAGCGACACUGGAAGCCGUCGGAGGACAUGCAAUUCAUGGUGAUGGACGGGCUUCAUCCGCAAAACGCGGCCCUUUACAUGGACGGUCAUUACAUGGCUGACGGGCCUUACCGGCUAGGCCCGUGAAGGAUUUGUCGAGGAGGCAUGCUAUGGCUACUACUACUUAUUGCCGAAGCUCGGAUCGUGUUUAAACAAUGGAUAGAGGGAGUAUGACAGACAGCUAGCCAUGGUGUGGGAUUUAAGCGAGCCCGGAUAAAUGAUUACUUGGUAUUUGGACAGCUCGAGCGCCUGGUUGAAACAUACGCUCAAGUUCAUGUCUUAAGUUUAUGUUGAUGACAUUGUAUUUGGAUCAGCUGUUGAUUCGGCUCCAUCGAUUCGGCUACAUCGAAUAACAAAUGUAGUACUUUAUGGAUUGUAAUUCUCUAUCGGUUUUAAGGAUUAAAUUGCAUGAGUGUAUUAUAUAUUUCACUUGGUCUUAUA